UUCGCACCGGAGCACUUCUUAUGGCACUCGUACACCCUAGUGGCAAAAAUCAAUCAGUUAGUCUGUUCUAGUAUUUGGUGCGCGAUUGAAUUGGCGAAAAGUAAUCAUCUCCGGUGGUCAAUAAUAAUCGCAGGCGCAAAGAAGCAAGCAAAUAAUAUCGAUUCAAGUCCAGUCAGCCGGUUUUGUAGUUUCAAGGAUUGAUUGAAAGAAUUUACCUAAAUGCUUUGCAGUGUUAUUGUAACUUUGAAGUGUUGCUAAUUUGUUAUCGAUUGUGCAUUGUUACUUAACGACCAUACGUGUACGUGGUGCCGUGCCUGUUUGUAAGAGUGUAGUGACGUCAUUGGCAACUACACUAUUUAACGGUAUUCGAUUUCGUAAUAAUAAAAUCGUGCUUGACAUUUGUAAAAAGUGAAUAUGGCUGAUAUUUUGGAUAUCGAACAUCAUCAAGUUCUACAUGAAUACCAACAGACGUUGGAGGAGCUUUUGCCGAAUAUUGAUGCCAACAAAGAUGGCUUCAUCGAUUUGAGUGAAUUGAAAGAUGCCUUGGAUCAGGUGGGCUUCAAAUUGCCUGGCUAUCAGGUGCGUGAAAUGAUCGAUGAGUUCCAGAAUAAGCAGCGCACAUCCCAUCAGGGCAAAUUGAAUAUCGAGGAAUUUGAAAAUCUCUGCCUUGAUCUCAAAUCGAAAGAUGUAGCGAGUACUUUCAAGACGGUCGUCUCGAAAAAGGAGAACCUAGAGACGUUGGGUGGCAUGUCAAGCAUAUCGUCCGAGGGUACCACACACUCCGUACGCCUUGAAGAGCAGCUUGCCUUCUCUGAUUGGAUUAAUUCGAAUUUAGGUUAUGAUCAAGAUCUAAAACAUUUGUUGCCCAUCGAUGCCGAGGGCAAACAUCUGUAUCAAGCGAUCAAAGAUGGCAUUUUACUGUGCAAAAUUAUUAAUCACUCCUGCCCGGACACCAUUGACGAGCGUGCCAUUAACAAGAAGAAUUUAACUGUUUAUCGUGAGUUUGAGAAUUUAACGCUGGCGCUAGUUUCAUCGCAAGCGAUCGGUUGCAAUAUCGUCAAUAUUGAUGCACAUGACCUUGCAAAGGGUAAACCCCAUUUGGUGUUGGGUUUGUUGUGGCAAAUUAUCCGUAUUGGUCUCUUCAGCCAUAUUACGCUCGACAGCUGUCCCGGUUUGGCAGGUCUACUUUUUGACAAUGAACGUUUGGAGGAUUUGAUGAAACUAUCUCCGGAAGCCAUACUUUUACGUUGGGUCAAUCAUCAUUUGGAACGUGCUGGUAUUUCACGUCGCUGCACCAACUUCCAAUCGGACAUUGUCGAUUCGGAAAUCUACUCACAUCUACUUAAGCAGAUUGCUGGCAAUGAAGUCGAUGUCAAUCUGGACGCUUUGCGUGAGUCUGAUUUGACGUCGCGUGCGGAGAUUAUGUUGCAGCAGGCGGCCAAAUUAAACUGUCGCAGCUUCUUGACACCGCAGGACGUUGUCAAUGGGGUCUACAAGUUGAAUUUGGCCUUCGUUGCGAACCUGUUCAACAAUCAUCCCGGUUUGGAUAGGCCCGAACAAAUCGAUGGGCUGGAGUCGAUCGAGGAGACGCGUGAGGAGAAAACUUACAGAAACUGGAUGAAUUCCAUGGGUGUGGCCCCACACGUCAACUGGUUGUACUCCGAUCUUGCUGACGGUUUGGUCAUCUUCCAGCUGUUUGAUAUCAUAAAGCCCGGCAUUGUGAAUUGGCAGCGCGUGCACAAGCGUUUCACACCCCUCCGUAAAUUUAUGGAGAAAUUGGAAAAUUGCAAUUAUGCUGUGGAUUUGGGUAAACAGUUGAAAUUUUCGCUGGUCGGUAUUGCUGGACAGGAUUUGAAUGACGGCAAUGCCACGCUAACCUUGGCUUUGAUAUGGCAAAUCAUGCGUGCCUACACAUUGUCAAUUCUGUCACGUCUGGCCAACACUGGCAGUCCCAUCAUCGAAAAGGAAAUUGUGCAAUGGGUGAAUAGCAAGCUGUCUGCAGCUGGCAAGACAUCGAGUUUGAGGAACUUCAAUGAUUCGGCCAUAGCCGAUGGUAAAAUUGUGAUUGAUUUGAUUGAUUCCAUUAAGGAGGGUAGCAUAAACUAUGAUCUGGUGCGAACUGGUGGCACUGAAGAGGAUAACUUGGCCAACGCUAAAUAUGCUAUUUCGAUGGCGCGUAAAAUUGGUGCACGCGUUUACGCACUGCCCGAAGAUAUAACGGAAGUGAAGCCGAAAAUGGUGAUGACAGUCUUCGCCUGUAUGAUGGCGUUGGAUUACAUUCCCAAUAUGGAUAGUGUGCCAAAUCAGAAUCAAGAACCCAUUGCUGUUGUUGUGAAUGAUGUAACCAUCAAUAAUACGAAUAGCCACAACAACACCAAUAGUAACAACAUUAACAAUACAAACAGUAACUAAUGAUCAAUUAAAUGGCGGCCGCAACACAUCUAAAUAUACAUACACAGCAUAAACAAACAUAUUAUAUAAGACGAGUAAAAUUGUAAACAAAUAUAAAUUUAUAAAUUAAAAACAAAAAAAAAAAAAGAAAAACAAUUCUAUAUAAAAUAAGCAACGAUAAGCAACAACCAGAAAUGCAGUAACGAAGAAAGCUGAACUACGCGAAUUAUUAAUGAAA